GCUGCUGCUUCAAAGCUGGUUAUGAGAUCUGUUGAUUUCAUAUAUUGUAUCAUUCAGGGUGAUAAAGGAUGUUGCCCUCUCUGUGGCAGUUGAUAUCUCAGAAUUGAUGUGUCUAUGCUGUUGGGUAGUGGUAAUUACACUAAACUUACUUUAUUACCGGUGUGGAUAUCAAUCUGAGUGGUUAGGACAUUCUUGAUGCAUUUAUUGUGAUGAAGAAUUACAUGUUUCUACCUGGGAAGCACUCCGAACUGGGAGAUGAAGUCUCUGAAUCUUAUUGUACCACCGAAUCUGAUAUUCAUAAUGUAUCAUCUGGGGAAUUAGGACAACACUUGCUGGCAGAUGAUUGCUCGUCAGGGUCAGCGCCGCAUAACUUGUCUGAUUUUUUGCAUAAAUGUACAGAACAAUCGCCAAUAGUUUCUCCAACUCCCAGUCAAUGUAGUUCCUUUUCUUCCGCUUCUCAUGUUCAGCAACCUCAGAACCAAUUUUCUCGUUCUUCCAUGUUCUGUACUAGUUUGCACUUGUCAUCUUCAUCUAGUUUAGAAACUACCCUGCGGUUAGGGAGUCUGCCGUUUCUUCCAGAUCCUUCACCUCACAGACUGCCAAAAAACUUCACCAUUCAGUCUUCAGACUCUCCAUUGCACGUUCAAAGUGACGAGGGAGCUUCAGAGUCUAGUUUGAAAAUUUUACAAAAUAUACUCUUAGAUGAGUCAGAUGGGAGUGUUAAUCACGGUCACUGUGAAAUUAAUGAUUUGCAACUGACUGAGCAAAUGGAGUUACAGUUACUAUCAGAUGAACUUGACAUUGCUAUAGGUGGUGAUGUAGAGAAUCCUCGGAUUGAUGAAAUAUAUGAAGAACCUCAAGCAUUAAUUCAACAAAGCAGGGAAUUGACACCGAGCCAAAAUUUCGUAUCCUGUACAUUGCCUACCGAUAAGCUCUCAGUUCAGCCUUCUUCUGGGCCUGCUGCUUUGCAUAAGCCGCGAAUGAGAUGGACGCCUGAGCUUCAUGAAUGUUUUAUGGAGGCUGUCAAGAAACUUGAUGGAGCAGAAAAGGCAACCCCAAAGGCCGUGCUUAAACUAAUGAACGUUGAAGGUUUGACUAUCUAUCAUGUGAAAAGCCACCUCCAGAAAUAUAGAGUUGCAAAGUAUAUGCCAGAAAGAACUGAAGAGAAAAAGACUUCCAGCUCUGAAGAUAAGAAAGCAACUGUAAUUGGUAAAGGAAGUGAAGGAAAGAAGAAAGGGAACAUUCAAGUCAUGGAAGCUCUACGAAUGCAAAUGGAGGUUCAGAAACAGCUACACGAGCAACUGGAGGUACAAAGAGCCCUUCAGCUGCGGAUUGAGGAACACGCGAGGUAUUUGCAGAAGAUCUUGGAGGAGCAACAGAAAGCUGGCUGCAGUGUUCCUGCUCCUCUCCAGACAGGUUCGUGUGCAGAUUCUGAACCCUGUCUUGCAUCCUCUCCAACGAGUGUUUCGCUCUCGUCUGAUGUGGCUUCAACAAAGCUUGAAGCUGAUGAUGGUGGCGGGAUCGCUGAACAUGAAACGCCACAAAAAAGACCGCGUACAGCCAACUCAGAAUCAUCUUCUGUAGAAGUUUUAGAUGAGAGCUGCAAAAAUUAAGAACUGUAUAUUGCUAGCGUUGUUGUAUUGUAAAAUUUUCUCUUCUCCUUUUGUGUUUUGUGUGUUUUCAUAUCUUUUACUAGGGGAAUGACAUUAACAUUGAUUCUCCUCUGGUCUCUUUCACUCGUAGAGUGGUAGUGCAGUAGAAAGAUUCAAAGAUGCCAUUACCAUGGCCCAUAUUAGUUUGGUCAUCUUCCACCUUAUAAAACACAUCAAUUAUUAAUUUGCUAAUGUUAUGAUUUUAUUCC